AUGAUGACCACCACGGGCUUAUUAACUAUACUUCUGCUAUCAUUACCAUUUUGUUUAACAAGUAAUCCAGAAUACUUUGACGUUGGAGCUAAUAGUUAUAUUCAAAGCACUCUUAAUGAUGAAUCACGAGAGAUUAAAAUAGAGAACAUUUUACAUAAUCCUUUAUUUUAUAAAGACUAUCCACCAAUAGUAAGUCCACCUAACGACACUCAAAAGACUUUGAAACCAGGCGAAAUCCCUGAUUAUGUUAUUAAAUAUGCUCCCUUGGUACAUCUUUAUAGUGAAGAAAGAUAUUUCCCUUAUGAUGUUAAGAAAUUUGUUACCAAUUUCCAUGUCACUUGGAGAAAUGGUUCAAUAUAUCCUGGAACGGAAACAAAUAUGAAUUUAGAUAAAUUAGCUCAUUUACCUAAUAGUACUGAUUUGUUUCUCACUGCUAAUAGUGAUUUUGAUGCUGAUCCUGAAUGGAUCACAGGAUUGAAAAACAAACCUAGUUUGAUUAAUGGAGAAAUCAAAGAUGCUCCAGCUACGUUGAUUGUUGUUGAUAAGGGGAAUGGAUGGGUAGAUGCAUUUUGGUUUUAUUUUUAUUCUUUCAAUUUAGGACCUUAUGUAAUGGGACAAGGUCCAUAUGGAAACCACGUGGGUGAUUGGGAACAUUCAUUAGUGAGAUAUUACAAGGGGGAACCAGUAAUAGUAUGGAUGUCUGCUCAUAGUGGUGGUGGAGGGUAUUAUUAUGAUAAUUUGGAAAAAUACUCUUUAGACCCCAACCAUCCUAUUAUAUUCAGUGCUAGAGGUACUCAUGCAAAUUAUCCCAGUGUGGGACAACACCCUCAUGAUUUACCAUAUACUAUAUUGAGUGAUUUCACCGAUAGAGGUCCAUUAUGGAAUCCAUCAUUAAAUUAUUUAUGUUACACUUUUGAUGGGAAACAUGUAUAUCCAGGUAACAAUUCCAAUCCAAGACAUGUUGGAAGAGAAUGGGAUUAUGGGAAUUGGUUAUCAUUUAGUGGUCAUUGGGGUGAUGAUACUCUUUCAAGAAAGGAUUCUCGACAAGUAUAUUCAUUUGUUGGUGGAUAUAAAUAUAUUGAAGGUCCCACUGGUCCAUUAAGUAAGAAUUUAAUGAGAUUGGAACCAUGUGAAAGUGCCCAAUGGUGGAAUUUUUGGAAAGUUUGUAAUGUCCGUAAUGAUAUUGAAUGGGGGGUAGGCGUUGAAUCAGAAGGGUUCAAUUGUGCACGAUUAACUAAUAAUAUUAGACCAAUAUGGUUAAAGAAAUCAAUACAAAGUAUAAUGUGGGGUGGAGGAAUUUGUUUUAUAGCCAAUCUAUUGGAUUAA